CUUUCGGGGUUGCGGGGGGUGCUGGAGCCUAUCUCAGCUACAUUCGGGCGGAAGGCGGGGUCCACCCUGGACGAGUCUCAUUGUCCAAUGCAUUCAUCCUCAAAGGAUGUUGUAUAGAAAUACAAAAUCGUUCCCAUCAGUCCAUGUAAAGUUCGAGGGAGCCCUUGAUCCCUCCCCUCAUGGUAGGUGGUGGCUCGUCAACAUGUCUCCCGUCAAAGACUUCCUGCUCGCACAUUUAAUGCCAGAGAAAUGUUACGUGGAGUUUUUCAUCAACUUCAGAUUUCACGUGCCCUGUUCGACGUUUGUCCUCAACAAAAUCAUCGGAGUGUGGAUUCUUUUGGACGUGGUUUUUGCACAACUGCUGCAGCUGCUCAAGAUUCUAUGGAGAAGGAAUGCAGAUGGCUUGAGUCUGGCCUGCGUUCUGCUGCAACUUUACACCUCGUCUGGACCUGUCCUGUUCGCCAUGGCCCACAACUUCCCUCUUUUUGCCUGGGGGGAAAGGCUCUUCCUGACGACCCAGACAGCAAUGAUUUUCUUCCUUAUUCUGCAUUAUCGUGGAGACACCAUCAGAGGUGUGUUGUUUGUGUCAGCUUAUGCGAUUUCACUCAUCCUGUUGGGAUUGUAUGCCCCUGCACAAAUCAUCUCAGCGAUGCACUCGACCAGUUUGGCAGCACUAAUUGCAAGCAAGGUUUUCCAGGCCAGAACUAACUAUCGUAACGGCCACACAGGUCAGCUGUCGCCUCUGUCGGUGUUCUUGACAUGUGCCGCAUCACUUGGCCUCAUUUGUGUCUCCCUGCAGGAUACAGGAAACUCCCUUGCGACUGCAAGCUACAUUGUGUCAGCCUGUUUCAGCUGCGUAUUGCUGGCCCAGAUCCUCAGCGCUGCUAAAAAGAAGAUAGAGUAAAGAUGGAGAAGAACAAAUACUAUUCAACAUAUUACAAGAGGUUUUCCAAUAUCCUGUUACUGUAAGUCUAUAGAACCUUGCAGGAUUAAGUUGCCUCUUUGAGAUGUAUUGAGCAAAACGUUGAGUUGUACAGUGAUGUGAUAUUUACACUUUGCCUCAUUUAAAUCACAUUUAGUAUGUCUACAAUUGUUACAAAAUCUGGUUUCUAGUCUAAUUAAAAAAACAUUUCAGUAGAUGUUAUGAAGUUAAAAAAAUAUGAUGAAGAUGCAGACGUCCACAAGUUGUUCAUGCAUGAGAAGUGGCAAUAGAUAAAUAUGUAACUGUUUUGUUUUUUUGCAUGUAUUUUUCAGUGUCACCAGCCUUAAAAAUACCUCCCAGGAGUCUUUGUUCAAACACAAUUGUUUACAUAUGGAUAAUUUGUGUGUAUGAUGUCUUGUACAGUUAGUUAUAAAACAUUUAUUUAUAAAAUAAUCUUUAAAGAGAUCAAA